AGGAAAAUAUGCGAAAAUAAUGCGCACACUUGGAUUCAUACCAGUGGUAGCAGAUUGAGGAAGGCACUGCCAUUUGCUGUUAGUGGAUUUUCUGCGGCGGUGGUGUUUUAACACCACAUAUCGGCGUGUCACCGAUGAGACUGAAGGUGGCCAGUGCUCGGAUUUUACUCCGUCCUUUCCAGAGGUUCUCUUUUUAGGCGCAGCCUUUUUUUUGUCGCGCCUGCGUGUCCACCCGGUCUUUCCAGCAGUGGCGGAGCGCCAUCACCGCUCCGCGGUUUUUUCCUCAAAGUGACCGUCCAACAGACUUAAGAGGGUUCGUUCAUUCGCACGGCUCUCCUUCUUUCCUGGGUUUUAUUUUUCACCUUUACACUUUUCCAAAAGACUUACCGGAGACGUUAGAAGGAUCCGAUCGAGAAAAUGUGCAUCCCGUGUUGUUUACACCAGCUGGCCUGUUGCUGUGGUUCAGCCACCUGCUCCUUGUGCUGCAGUUGCUGCCCAAAAAUUAAGCAGUCCACUGGAACACGGAUUAUGUAUGCGAUAUAUUUCCUAUUAGUCACAGUCAUUUGUGUUGUUAUGAUGUCUCCUACAGUAGCGGAAGGAAUGAAAGCACAUAUACCGUUCUACAAUGACCUCUGUGAACAUCUGCAGGCAGGGGUUUAUUGUGAGAAACUUGUGGGAUAUUCUGCUGUCUAUAAAGUCUGUUUUGGAAUGGCAUGCUUCUUUUUUGUAUUUUUUCUUCUCAUGAUCAAAGUUCGUGACAGUAAAAGCUGCAGAGCACACAUACAUAAUGGGUUCUGGUUUAUUAAAUUUGUGGUUUUGAUUGCAUGCUGUUCAGGAGCAUUCUUCAUUCCAGAUCAGGAUACAUUCCUUGAAGUAUGGCGAUAUGUGGGAGCAACAGGAGGAUUCCUUUUUUUAAUAAUCCAACUUAUUCUGCUAGUGGAAUUUGCCCACAAAUGGAACAAAAACUGGACAUCAGGUACCAAGCACAACAGGUUGUGGUAUGCUGCACUGGCAUUUGUUACCUUAGUGCUGUACUCUGUUGCAGUUGGAGCCUUAGUUGUUAUGGCUGUUUUCCACACUCAUCCUGAGGGCUGCACCCUCAACAAGAUAUUCUUAGGAGUCAAUGGUGGACUAUGCUUGUUUGUCUCACUGCUGGCUAUUGCACCUUGUAUACAGAAACUUCAGCCAAACUCUGGUCUUUUGCAGUCUGGAGUCAUCAGUGUAUAUGUCAUGUACCUUACUUAUUCAGCGCUUGCAAGUAAACCUACAGAGUACAUACUAGGACCCAAUAAUGUGAAUGUUUCCAUUUGUGCUCCGUCCUUUGGUACAAGCCUGGAGGGUGACAAUAAAAUCGUGCCAACUUUGGGAACAAUUAUAUUGUUUGCCUGCAUUUUAUACUCCUGUUUAACUUCAACAACCCGAUCAAGUUCUGAAGCUUUACGAGUAUGCAGGACUUCUGUUCCUGAAAACGAGGUAGCCCGUUGCUGCUUCUGUUGUGCCCCCGAUGAUGACGGUGACUAUGAAGUGGGUAAUGAAAACGGUGGGCAGAAAAUAGUUCUUGAUGAGAAACAAGGCACAGUCUAUAGCUAUUCUUUCUUCCAUUUCAUCUUCUUUCUUGGAUCACUGUAUGUGAUGAUGACAGUCACCAAUUGGUUUCACUAUUAUGAUGCCAAAAUUGAGAAGUUAUUUCAUGGAAGCUGGUCUACAUACUGGAUCAAGAUGGCUUCCUGCUGGGCCUGCCUUCUGCUGUACACAUGGACCCUUGUUGCUCCUAUUGUUUGCCCAAACAGAGAAUUCUUGCAGUGAAGAAACUGAAGUUAUGUGUAUUUUGGUGAAUUAACCUUUUGUUGUCAACCUUUUUCAAUUUUCUGUAGACAGUUUAUUUUUUUGUAAAUGGUACGACUUUUAUGGACUUUUUGAAUACAAUGUUUAAAGAAGUAAUUCCUCUGUAAGCCUAUGGCAAGGAUGCCCCUUAACAGAAUUUCUUUUUCAAGCUUUUUAAAGCCACUGUGGCAUUUCUGGACUGGGACAAUAUGAAACCUGACUUUGGUUUGGUAUACCUAUCAAGCAUUUGGGAAGGCAUGCAUGGAGAGUCAUUAAAAGAAGUAUUUGCAUUUUUUCCAGCACUGACAUUUUAUUUCACUAGGUCAAAUUUUAUCUACAGCCCUCUUGUCACUUUUCUAUUUGCAUUUAUAAUUAAAGGUUGUUAGUGGGGAGAAGAGUUUAUGUUAGAAUAAAGCAAACAAGAUCAAUUGUAUAAAUAUGUUUUAUAUCCCAGCCAAAAAAUGGUGUUUUGAAAUUAACAUUAAUUAGAAAUAUAUAGGGAGUGGUACAUUUGUAGCCAUUUAUAAAGCCAUAUGCUGAACAAAAUAUGACUUGGAUCAGUCAUAUUUGGUUUUGUAAAGUUCUAUAUUAUGAUUGAUAUUUUUGUUUUAUUUAAAUAUAAAUUUGUUCUCUCUUUUGUAUUUUCACUCUAAUAAUGAACUGACUUUAUAACACUAAGUAGGAGUCAUUGAGCUAUAGGAAAAAUGUGGAUUUAGAUUAAAAUUCCCAGUGUGAACAAGCUAUGAUUCUCCUUUGCGUUUAUAUUUUAAUUUUGUGAAUUGUUAAUAUAAUCGUCAUGAAACUGCCCAUUUCUUUAUUAGAAAAACUAAAAUCUUUAAAGUAAUUUUUUAAAGUGAAGUUUUCCAUUUUUAUUGUUUUUGUUUAAUUUCCUCAGGAUGCCACAUUAUUAUAAUAGUCACGUACAGUAAUAGUGUCUGUCUUUAAUAUUUACGUAAAGAAAUUGAGAUUUUUGUAAAAAUUUGAUAUACAGUGAAAUUGAAAAUAAAACUUAAAGUUCACACUUCAUAUGCCAUUGCAUAUUCCACAAAGUGAAGACGUUCACUAAGUUGAACUUUUUGUGAAAUUUCAUAACCAAAAGAAGAAUGUGUGUCACUUUUUGUGAAGGAGGUGUGGAGAUGUGUAUUAAUUGCUGAAUAAGUAGAUUUUUUUUGUUUUGUUUUUUAGAUUAAACUUAUUUCUUCACAGUCAUGAUAUAUAGUAAUUUGAAGUGUAAAAUUGCAUUCUAAAGUGAAGCUUUUUUUAUAAAUGAAAAACAUACAUAGUAUAUUCUUGCCUAUUAAGGGUACCAAGGUCCCAGCAUAAAACAAAGCAUUAUCAGUAAGUAAAUUUGUAAAGUCAAAAUCGUUAAAGAGUAUUGAUCCAUAUCUUAAGAUUGCACGCAUAUUGCUAAAAGGCAUAAUACCCAUGUUGUUUUAGGAAUCAGAAUCCCUUUUAUUUGCCAGUACAUAAUGUGUAGGAAUUUGACUUGGUAGAUUUGGAGCUGUUUAUAACAGAACACAACAUCACAUACAAAUAACCUCAAUAGCAUAAGUUAAAAAGAAAAACUUCAGAGUUGCAAUUAUAUUGUAAAACUAUAAAGGAGAUGUGCAAAUAAUUAUAAGCAAGAGAAAGUGUGAGUGUGUAGUGUGUGUGCAUGUGCAUACACAUACACGUACACAUACUGUGCACACACACCUUUACACAGUUUAUGAGAGAACAUAAUAAUAAGUGUUGUAAGACAGGCUAAGUUACUGGUUUGAGUGGGCUGUGGCUCUGGGAAAGAAACUUUUGAGGUGCCUGUUAGUUUUGGUUUUAAUUGACCGGAAGCGUUCACCAGAGGGGAGUUUUUGGAAUAAGUGAUGAGCUGGGUGAGAUCAGUACGUGGUGAUCUUUAUGAAAUGGUUAGUGACACGAGAUGUGUACAAGUCUGCCACAGAUGGAAGAGCACGGACAAUUAUUUUCUCAGCAGACCUCACAAGAUACUGUAAUUUAUGUCUAUAGUGUGCUGUUGCUGAACCAAACCAGACAAUAAUAGAGAAUGUGAUUAUACUUUCAAUUAUGGCUUUGUAAAGUUGAACUAGGAUUGGCUGGGAAAUAUUUAAUUUCUUUAUUUGGUGUAUGCAGUACAACUGCUGCUGAGCCUUCUUAUGAUGGAAGUUGUGUUAAUGUCCCAGUGGCGAGUGUUUGUUAUAGUUGUGCCCAAAAUUUUGAAGGAUUUCACCAAAUUGACUGCAGAUUCAUUAAUAAGGAAUAAAGGCACCAAAAGAAAAACAUUAUUGUGAAAUUUGGCCAUUUUAUAAGGUGACGACCUGCACGGUCUUCCUCUGUUGUGGUCUAACCUCGAAAAGCAGUCUCCAGAUGCUGUUAUUGACAUUAUUGAAUGUUAAUGUCCAGAUAAUUAAUUUCUGACUCUGUUCUGUAGACCAGAACCUUUUUUUUUUUUUCCUGUGACCCAGUUUUGCCAAUUUUAUGUCUUCAAGUUCCGUAUUUGCCUCCAACAGUCAUUUCCGGUGUUUUGGGUCUCCUUUGGGAAAUCUCUGCUUGCUGUCAACCCUAUCCCCUUGGUGAAUCACAGAAGCAGCUUUCUCCACAAACAGUAUGUGACUGUUUCCCAUCAUGUACUAUUGUGAAUGAACUGUGUACGCCCCAGUUUCAGAUAAUACGCAAUCCAUUGUGGGUCACAACUCAUAGUUUAAGAAUCUGUGCUGUAGACAACCAGGAAAUAAUUACUGACAAAAGUCACACUUGUGGUCACUCACUGUCUUUCACUAUGUAGAAGCUUAUUCCCAUCCAUCCAUUUUCCAAACUUGCUUUAUCCAGAGCAGUGUCAAGGGGAAACUCGAGACCAUUCUUGCAAACAUUGGCAAGAUAGGAACAAUCUACAAUCUCUGGAAAGGGUGCCAGUCAAACACAGGGUAGACAUACAGACAGUCACUAGGGCCAUUUUAACAUCACUAAUCCACCCAACUUGCAUGUCUUUAGACUGUGCAAGGAAACCAGAGUACCCAGAGGAAGCCCACACAAGACACAUUUAGGAUCUGGGAUAUGAACCAGCUAAACCCACACACACUCAAAAAGAAAAUGAAGAUUGUAUUAGUUUCAACAGAUACUGUCUGCUUUUUUCAGUAUCACAGUGCACGCAUGUGCUCCAGUGGUCUAGCAAAAGAAACUUGGAGAGCGCGCAUGUAGUGUGCAAUCAAGUGACAAGAGCUGAACAGACGUUAGGGACUUGCAUUUAGUUUUAAUCGAGCUGAAGUUUAGUACUGAUGUUUUAGCAUGGGCAGAGUGGUAUCACAGAGCUGUCAUUCCAGCCUCACAGCACUCAACUCUGCAUGGAAUUUGGACAUUCUCUCUGUGUAUGAAUCGAUUAGUAUUAAAACUUGGUGUCAAAACAUUGCAUACAUCACCCACUGCGAGUAUGAGUCUCAUCCUGACCUCAAGGAAAUUACACCUGAAAUCUGUGAUAAAAUGUAUUACUGCUGCUUUACUUUUGUUGUCACAAGCAUUCCUCAGAAAUGCGGACUGCUCCUUUUCUUAAACAUUGGGACCCUGAUAUACUUAACCUCCAUUAUAAGUGAAUGUGCAAGCUAGGUAAUUUUUUUUAUUUUUAUAAAAAACAAUUUAUAAAUGCAAUUUCACGUGAAAACUUAAUAUAUACCAUGACUGUGAAAAAGUAACUACUACAUUUAUUUAUUAUGUUUUCAUAGUUAGACAUAUAUUCACAUAGGAAAAUUUUUAUUAUGGUUUGCCAUUUAUAACUUGUGUUUUGUUUGAUUGAGCAUUAAUAAUCUGGUAACACUUUAGGUACUUCAAAAUACAUCAAUCACUCAUUUAGUCGUAGGUAACAAGACCUUAGCAAAGGCUUCGCUCAUAACACAAAGAAUUAGUAAAGUGGAUAUUCAUCCCUGUGCUGAGUGGCAUCUGAUAUUCUCAUUAAACUGCACACUCACGAAUAUGAAGGAUUCACAGGCCAUAUAUUGAAGUAUGCACUAUCAAGAGGAAUGUGUCUCACAGAAGAUACGUCUGACUGUUCCAAAGUGAAGUUAUUUUAGUAGGCCACAUUGCACAGAAGUUACAUUUACAGGUCCUGUUUUUUGACAGUCACCCAUGGCCUUUAAGGUUUUGUUACAUACAGUAAGAGUAAUUGAGUAAUAGGUGAAUUUUUGCAUUAUAUAAAUUAAUGUGUUACCAUUGUUCUUAAUCAGAUUUUUAAAUUCACAACAAAUUUACCUUUUAAUAUUUUAAACUAAAGGCAGUGCUUCCAUAAACCAAAUAAAAAAGUUAGAAACUAAAUUAAUGAAUUAACAUGAAAGCUUUAGAAUGUAUUGAAGAUACCAAAACAAAACUCAAUUAAAUAAUUUAAAAUAAAUCUAUGUUGCGGGUACAGACAAACAACAAUUUAUUGAUUAAUACGUAUGAAUAAUAUUUAAGAGAAAACACUUUGUAUUAAUUUCUUUUCAUAUUGUUCACAUGAUAAGGAAGUGUAAUUGUAAUAGAAUUAGAAUGAAUUGUAAUACCACACCUAAGCAGAGUUUGGAUUUCAUGGGCUAUUUUCGCAGUUUAGUUUCAUAUGUUACUGAUAUACUCUGUAUGACAAAUCAAAAUUCAUUUUUGCAGCAUAAAAUAUCAGUAUAAUUAAAGACACUUAUUGUUCAUGCCAGUUUAAAUUUCUCUUUUUCUAGAUCUCCAUGUGAACCUGUUUUUUAUGAUAUUAAUAUCAUUAUGUAAUAAUUUAUACUGUUAAAAAUUAUACAUUAACGUUUCAUAUAUAAGUGUCUUAUGUGUUGAUGUGCAUGUGUGUAUACCUUGUUUUAUAUAAAGAUAUACACACACACACACACACAGUUUCUGUAUUUGUAUUGCAAUAAUGGUAUUUGUACAAAACAUUUGUUUAUUGAAAUGUAGGAUUUUGCGUAAUUGUGUUAUAUAUUUCAUAUAUAAUUCCCGGUUUUUUUCUUAAACAAGUUUACCUCAAAUUAUGCAUGAGUACAGACCAAAAGCUUUUGUGCUGGUUGAACAAAAACUAUAAAAUUAUUUAGUUUCAUUAUUAAAACCCUCAGUGCUGUUCAUCAUUUGUAUUGAUCACUUUAAAACAAUGCAUUCCUACACAACUAUAAUUCUCUAUGGUGCUAUUUAUUUUUGGGGCAUAUUCAGUCCUCUUCAUUUACUCAUUUUCCAUUUUAGGAACAAGUUCCUGUAUUUAAUUUUCUCCAAAAUGUGUGCGAGAGAAAAUUGAAAAUGAAGUCUUUUAACUAUUCUGUCGACUGAAUAUUCCCCUUGAGUUUAUUUUAUUUAUCAUUUAAUAAAAGUCAGAUUUCUUUCUUGCA